UGUAUAUUCACCGUGGAGGAAAAAGGGGGCAGGCAACAAACCAAGCUUUUUUAACAGCAAAACCUGACUUCUGCAAUGUAAAUAAGCUCCAGGAGGGAUACGAAAUAGGAUUAUCAACAGGGAUUUUUUUAGGUGUGAUGAGACAAAGGAACAAAGGAUGCCUUAGAAGAGAGGUUGCCUAUAUGCCUGGAAACCUCUUCAAAGCACACCGCCAAAUGGAUCUAUCGCCUCCCCCUGCCACCUCUAGAUCAUGAUACUUGGCUGAAGCUAUUCCGCUAUCUUUAUGAUCCCUCCUCCAUCUAUGGCGAACUAUAGCCAUGCAGGGGACCACACCAUCUUGCAGAAUGUCUCUCCUCUCGCUACGUUCCUCAAACUGACCUCUCUGGGUUUCAUCAUUGGAGUCGGUGUGGUCGGUAACCUCCUGAUCUCCAUCCUGCUGGUCAAAGACAAGAGCCUGCAUCGCGCACCAUACUACUUUCUGCUGGACCUGUGCGCUUCUGACAUCCUGCGCUCUGCCAUCUGCUUCCCCUUCGUCUUCACCUCCGUCAAGAAUGGAUCCGCCUGGACCUAUGGCACGCUCACCUGCAAAGUGAUCGCCUUCCUGGGCGUGCUCUCCUGUUUCCACACGGCGUUCAUGCUGUUCUGUGUCAGCGUCACACGCUACCUGGCCAUCGCACAUCACCGUUUCUACACCAAGAGGCUGACCUUCUGGACCUGCCUGGCUGUCAUCUGCAUGGUGUGGACGUUGUCGGUGGCCAUGGCUUUCCCCCCAGUGCUGGAUGUAGGGACGUAUUCCUUCAUCCGGGAGGAGGACCAGUGCACAUUCCAGCACCGUUCCUUCAGGGCCAAUGACUCACUGGGCUUCAUGCUCCUGCUGGCACUCAUCCUCCUGGCCACACAGCUGGUUUACCUCAAGCUUAUCUUCUUCGUCCACGACCGACGGAAGAUGAAGCCCGUCCAGUUCGUGCCUGCCGUCAGCCAGAACUGGACCUUCCAUGGGCCAGGUGCCAGCGGGCAGGCGGCGGCAAACUGGCUUGCUGGAUUUGGGAGAGGCCCCACCCCACCUACUUUGCUUGGUAUUCGACAGAACAGCAAUGCAGCGGGCCGCAGGCGUCUAUUGGUGUUGGACGAGUUCAAAACAGAGAAGAGGAUUAGUAGGAUGUUCUACAUCAUGACGUUUUUCUUCCUGGCACUGUGGGGCCCCUAUCUGGUUGCCUGCUAUUGGCGGGUGUUUGCGAGGGGCCCAGUAGUCCCCGGGGGCUACCUGACGGCAGCCGUGUGGAUGAGCUUCGCCCAGGCUGGGGUCAAUCCCUUCAUCUGCAUCUUCUCCAACAGGGAGCUCCGGCGCUGCUUCAGCACCACGCUCCUCUACUGCAGAAAAUCCAGGUUACCAAGGGAACCCUACUGCGUUAUAUGAAGGCUUUGCUGUGGGUUUUUCCCCCUCUAUCUCUCUAUUUCCCUGAUUGAUCUUGAUCUGGGCUUGUUCCCACUGUACAGCGUACUCUCUUUUUCUAUCUCUCUUCUCUUCAUCCUCCAGUUUUCUCCUCUUCCUCCCUCUCCUCGCCCUUCUUUUCAGAGGUGGAAGUUGGACUGUCAGUCACAAAGCUCUGUCAAGGUGAUUGAAUAUCAAACGUGGAGGCUGAAGGGAAUGGAAUACACAGGAGGUCUGGACCCCUCUUGUGUUUAUGUUUUAGUAAACAGACCGCUGUGGAAGGCCAUGCCAAUGCAGAGAAGCAAAAAGUAAAACAAAAAAAAAAAAAAAGGAAAGGAAAAAAGAAAAAAAGAAUCAUUGACAAAACAAUGAAAACAAAGGACUGACCCCCUUGCUUUGGAUAUUUUGAAGAUGCGUAAUUCUGUGAGGUAUGAAAUACAUAAAAUAUGAAAAGAAAAUGAAAAAAAAAACAUAAAACAAAGAAAUGAUUACCUCUCAAGGAAUCACUGGAGAUGUUUUACAUUUUAAGAGUUGCACUAAAAAGAAGAUGUAAAGAUGCUUUUUUUGGUCAACAGUUGCCAGUUGCAUUGCAAGGACAACUUGUUUCUUUUCUCCAAAACUAAACAAUGAAUGCUUUAAUUUGCAACAGACUUCACAAUCGCUGUAAGUAAAGCAAAACUUGGUGACUGUUGGAAUAUACCAUCACAAGAGGAUAAAAAUGGUUUUAAUGUAAGUGAUAUCUUUUUCAUUUUCUGGGUGGGGCUUAACGAUGGGGAUUUACAAUGUGUGGUUUUGAAGUUGCAACUUAAAACUAGAAAUUAUUUCUUGUAGUUUUACUAUCCAUAUGUCCCUAGUGUCUGGCAUUGUUAUUUUCUUAUCACCUUUUACAAAAAAGAGGAAAAAAGAGGAAAUGAUGUUUGGAUUUUAAAAAAGUUGCUUUUAAGAACAACCUUGUGCUUAAAAAAAGACAGUGAAGAACUAGUUAAAUGUUUCAUCAUAUCCAUGUACCUAAACACUGACAUAUUGUUACAGUAUUGCUGAUGCCACUCCGGGUGUUCUUGCCUUAAUGGUUAUGAUAUUGUCAUGUUUCUUGGUUGUUGGGUUAUUAUUAUUUUUUUUUUCAUUCACUCCUGAAAAGUCCUUUUUAGACGCAAGGGGAGUCUUUUCACAUCAACGUAAAGUGCAUGUCCAUUUUAAAAGCUGGUCCACUCCCAUGAGCAUCACAGGCCAUACACUGAGCAGCCCAUUUUUAUUCUGCAAUGGUUUGCUACACCCCACAGAGUGCUCAGAGCACAGGGAGUGUGUGUGUGCGUGUGUGUGCGUGCGUGUGUGCGUGCGUGUGUGUGUGCGUGCGUCAGUGGGUGCAUGUGUGUGUAUGUCAGAGUGUUUGUGUGUAUGUGUGGGCAGUAUAGAUCAGACAACAGUCACUUCAAGACCAGAGCCUUAGUAUGAAAUCUUGCACAAUUUGUAAAAAAUGUAAAAGGAUAAAAAAAAAAAAAAAGACAUUUAAGGCACACCGUCUUGUUUCUACUUUCCCUACAUUUGCUCUCUACUGAUUGUUUUCAAUAACUUACUUUUUUCUCUUGUGGCCAUUUUAAUAUUUAUUAUGUAUUCUUUUUGUAUAUUAUAGAUAGAUUGUGUGUAAGUAUGUGAGUCUUUCAUUUUGAAGUCCCGAAUGUGAGUACAGUUUCAGUUAGGAUUGCAUUUGCUGAAAGUUAACUGUGUAAUCUGUUGCUUACAUUUUUGAAAAUAAAAAUUUUCCAUUUUGCAAAA